AUGGAGCCUUUGCCCUUGGAGCUCUCUUCCGCGCCUGGCCGCGGCGUGGGCGUUGGCCGCGGCGCAGCGGGCGCUGCCCUCCCGCCCCCGCCCAGAAGGACAGGGCCGAGCGCGAGCGGGCCCAGAGGUGCCCCUGUCGCUGUCUCCGUCGGCUUCGGCCUCGUGGGGCUCAGGGCCCAGGCGCACAGAAGGUCUUCGAAGCCUGCCUUACGCGCCGGCAAAGGUUCAGAUCCGAGGAACCCCUUCACUGAAUGGAGGGACUCUGGCUAUGCAAUUCCAGGCAUCGAUGGCGAGCCUGAGAACUAUUCAGGGGAGGACUGGAUGUUCGGCAUGCGCGAGGCCCUCGGGGGCAAAGAGCGGGAGCUCCAGGCCGAGGCGAACGCUCUCGCACACCAGGUCGCCAAGGCCGAGCAGCAGCAGGCCGCGCUCUCUGAGCGCCUCACCGGCGCCGAGGAGCGCGAGGGCCAGCUGCGGGAGCGGCUCGUUGAGGAACAGGAGCGGGCCAGAGUCGCCCAGGAGAGCUACGAGGAGCUCGCGGAGCGUGUGGAGCAAGCACAAAUCGAGAGGGACCUCGCGCUGGGCGGCAAAGACAGCCGCGAGGAGCUUGAAAGGAAGAUCGAGGAAAUGAAGGAAGGGCAGCUGAAGUUGGAACGUGAGCUGUCGGAGUCCAGGGCCAGAGAGGCUGAACGUGCAGGGGAGCUGAAGGAGAAGGAGGUGGAGCUCAUCACCGUCCGCCGGGAGAAGGUCGUACUCACGAAAGAGCUCGCGGAUGCCAAGAAACGGGAGAAGGAGCUGGCCGCGCUGCUCGAGCAAGCUCAGCAUCAGAUCCUGGAGCUCACCAGCGAUGAGGCCGGAGAGAUUUUGGCCGACAUCGAUUUGGAGGCCCUGACAGCAGGUGUGCCACCACCGCCUCCAGCAAAAGCCCCACUGCCACCACCGCCACCGCCUCCGGGCAAGGCGGUGCCUAGCAAGGCGCCCGCGCCGCCGCCGCCGGCGCCGCCGGCGCCGCCGCCUGUGCCAAAGCAGAGAGCCGAGGCCACUCGCCCGCCCCCACCGGCCCCUCAGGCAGCCAAGCCCAAGCCCAAGCCCAAGCCCAAAGCCAAAGCCAAAGCAUCCAUCCCUGGCCCGCCACCCUCGCCCUCGCCCUCGCCACCUUCCUUGUCUUCCAAGCUUUCGAGCAAGGCACCCCCCAAACCCCCAGGCAAGGCGCCCCCACCCCCGCCGUCCCCGCCGUCCCCACCGUCCCCACCGUGCCCGCCAUCCCCACCUCCAAGUCCCAAGGCCAAGGCCACGCAGAAGUCGAUGGGCCGCGCCUGA